CGGUGGUGCGCAUGUGCGUGUCGAGGGACGCUAUGGCUUUGCUAAGGAAACGGAGCACAAUACAGCGCGGCGGCAGGACGCUUUUCGUUAACAGAUUUCUUUGCUCGGACCCUAGCUGUGCAUGAUGCCUGUUCGUUUCAAGGGAAUAAGUGAAUAUAAAAAAAAAUUUCAGAAAACAUUUUCAGGAUCUCAAAGCCCACCUGCAGAAUGCAUGAUCCCUUGGGCAGGGCUUCGCUCAGACGAAAUAGGCAUUGCAAAAGAACCCAGUUUUCAUUCCAAGAAAAAAGUGCCUUACUAUCGAUCACAGGUUUCUAGGUCAUUUGUGUGGGAUCAGACACAGGGCUCCAAGCCCUAUUUUGAAGAUGAGAGAGCUGUAAUAAGAGAAGUUCAGCACAAAGUUCAAACUCCUGAUGCUCCACGGAUAGAUAGAAUUCCUAGAUCACUGUCGACUGAAGAGAGACCAUACAGUGCUCCUCCAGCAAACAAAGCAAAAAUGGAUGGUGGGCAUUCUCAGAAAAGAGAUUCUAAAAACUUGCAAAGUGGAGUUCAUAGAUCUUUGCAAAAGAAAGCUGGUCUCAAAUCAGCUAAUCUUAAGAAUAUGGGUCAUUCUACAGAGUAUCAAAGACAGUACUUUUGGAAGAUGCUUCCUGAAACCUCUCCUGUGCUUUCUGCUGAACAGUUAAUUGCAAAAAGGACUGAGUCUCCAUUUAGAAUAACUCCAAUGAUCCAUGAAACUGAAUAUACCAGGAGCUACAGGGGCUCUGCGCACUCAAAAGGAUUGAGACUACGGACAAAUCAUGAGAAUGAAACUGAAGUGCAUGAACCAGAAAAUAUCUCUCCUGUGAAAAAGUCAAAGUUAACUAAAGACCGCAAAAAAGACAACAUGGGGGCAAAGCCUAGUGCUGUUGUGAGUGAGACGGAAUACACGAAGAGCUUCAAAGGUUCUCCACCUGUGAAAGGUCUGAGGCUUCGCAAAGACAUAGAGAUAAAUGAAGAGAUGAACAGCCACCCAGAAAGCAUGAAGUUGCCAAAGAGUACAAAAAAAUCAGAACAUUCCCCUAAAGAAGAUGAUUCUCCACUGGUUACUGAAAAACAAAUUCUUAAAGUUCAGAAUCCUCAGAAGCCUUUCUUUCCACAUCGAAGUCGCAGUAGGCGUAUGAAAUCUGAAUACAAUGACAAUUUCCAUUCUCCAACGGACUAUUGCUAUAGCAAGGGAGCCUGGAGGAAACAUGCUCAUCAUCGUGGAGAGGGUUGUCAAUUGCCCCUUAAUCACUUUUGGUACAAUGAGGUCAACGAACUGAAGGAAAGAGCAUAUGCUUACAAAAGAAGAGCACUUGGGACCCACUUUUCUAGAGAUCACCUGAACCAGAUUGUGUCAGACAAAAAUGCUUUUUGGGAAGUAUCCACCUCUCACUCUGAGGAAUCUGUUAGUGACAAUAUUAGAGCUCUUGAUCUGGCAAGACCACAGGACUUAAGGAAACCUGAACAUCAGACAAAACCUGAUGAUCCCUCUACUGUAGAGAACCAUGCCUGUAUAGAAAAACUUUCAAUCAAAGACAAGGAGAAAAAGGUCUCUGGUUCUGUCCACCCUGUAAGAAGAAAGCUGGCUUGGGAUGAAGUAAAAGACUAUAGUGAAGUAGCAGAGGAGGAGAAGGAGGAUCAUGCUGUGGAGGUAGAAAAUUGGGAAAGAGAAAAAAACCAAGACCAGGUGGAAGAGAACAUCGAAGCUACAGCAGAUAUAGAUGUUAAGGUUAAAGCAGAGGCAGAGCCAUCGGUUAGGUCAAUCUCUGAAGACUCUGCUUUAUCAUCUAGUAAUAAUCAUGAAGAAGGCAGGCUUCCAACUCCGAGGAUGAAGUUGUUUGGAGGUGUGCGCAGAACACAUCAUGACCUAACUACACCAUCUUAUGGUGGUGCAAUUUUAGUGUCUCCACCUAAGGUUAAGAACUUAUCUCCUGCUGGAAGAACAGAACCUCCACUUGGGAAGAUCUAUUCACCAUACAAGUACAUCACCCAUGAGUCUCCAGAGAGGAAAAACCAUGAAAGUCAAUUUUUCGAUUAUAAAACAUCUCCUGUAGCAGGUGUCAAAACGCACGAUCCAAUUCCCAUGAGUGACUACAACCCACCCCCCUCUCAGGCGCCUCAGAGAUUACCCAAAAGUAAUUCUGCAUCACAAUGUAAAGUGACUGCUCAGCGUUUACCACACACCUCUCCAGUUCGACUCCAAGAUCCAGCAUGUCGAAUUCAGGGGACUCUGAGAAAUCCAGAGUUUCAACACAAUGGUGACAUAGGGGGUCCAAGAGCUGGACUAUACAGGCUACCUCCCUGUGACUGUGAUGACAAUGAUGACCGAAUGUCUCAGCUUUCUGCUCGCUCAGCAGCCUCAAGUUCUUUAGCCUCUCUGGUUCUGGAACGAGCACAGAAGAGGAAGGAAACCUUCUGGAACACUAGGUGAUUCAAUCCCCAGAUCAUGGAGAACCACUAAAAUUUCUUAAUUAGGCAAAUAUUUUGUAUUUUAAUGGAGCAUUUUAUAUUUUUUCUAUUUUGUUAAACCUAAAUGGGGGAAUGUUUUGAUUCUUAAUUAUGUGAUUGUAUAGAUUUUAGAAAAGUGAUACACCUCUGAUCUUUUUUAAAUACAAUUUAUUUAAUAAUGCUGUUUGUUUACAUUAAAUUGAUUACAAAUAUUUUAAUAUUGAAAAUAUAUUUGGAAAUGCAAUGGAAAUAUUCUUGUAAAAAAUCCUGUUUUUGUUUUUUUUUUUUUAAUAAUCUUUUAGUUCUUGUAAAAUUGUCCUUUUCACUGUACCAUUUAUGUUUUACUUGCAAGUUUCAGAUUUAUUUUUUAUCUUGCUCUUAUUGCCUGCUGUUUUUUUCCUUUUUUCACUUAACUUUUAUUUUCAAUUUCAAAAUACAUUUUUUUUUGUCAUUUAAGUAAUUUUACUCACAAUUUGAUUCUAACCCUAUAUAUUAGACACAUGAAAAGGAUGUGCAUUCUUUUUUUUAUAAAAGACCUUUUGAAUUAGAGGUAUUGUGGACUGAAUCAUGACUAGUCAUUAAUCUUAAUUAACAUUGGUUACAAAGAUAUAUGAAUUUGCAACUUUUGUAGACAGUUCAUAAUAGUUUCAUGUUUGAGUGUCCACUCAAAAUGUUGGUUGACUACAAAGAACUUAAAACAACACAGGGUGUUAAAAGUAUAAGAAACCGAGUUUGCUUGUUUAAUUCAGAAAGCUCAGGUAAGCAUUUUAGUCUCGUAUUGACAUGUUGCCAAUAAGCUGUAAACAUGUUAGCUAAUUGCUUUAUAGAAGCUGGCAACUUUUGUUUAAAAUGAGGAAUGUGUAUGUUUCCCCCAUGUCCAUGUUGGGUUUUUCUCCAAGUUUCUCACUCACGUCCCAGUGACAUGCAGAUUAGCUUGAUUAUUAGCCUGGCCUUCUACCUCAUCCAGGGCUGGUCCACAAUUGGCUACCCUGUACUGAAAUAAAAUGGGUCAAAAAGAGAAUGAACGAGUUUAGGCACAGUUGUACUUUUUGAUUCUUCUUCACCAUUUCUCCAAUAAAAAAAGUACAUUUUGGAUGAAAAAAAUCCGUAGUUCCCCUGAAUCUUACAACUCUCAUGCACGUGCACAGGAUGUUACAGAAGCUGUUGGGGUAUUGGUAGUUACUGGCAGUCCUAAUUUUGUAUGUCUGUGUUGUUUUGUUUGUAUGAACUUUAUAUAUUUAAAUUCCAUGUAACAGAUGUUGCAGUGGUGCUACAUGAUUGUCAUUUUAUUUUUUUGUGUGUCUGACCUUUCAUUAUAGCAUUAUAUAAAGGAAUUUUAGAUCUGGCCCUCUGUGGGCUGAUGUAGUCCACCAGCUGUUUCUUUCCAUUGCCAUGAUAAACACUUGGUAACAUUUCUUUUAAAAAAAGUGCAGUGAAGUAUUGGAAAGUGGUCAUGAAGGAGGAGAAUCCGAUAUAACAAUAAAGUAAAAUGGAGUCUCAAGGUCACUAAUGUAUACCAAAUUCACACAGCUGCUCACAUAGUACACAUGCAAAGUUUCCUAGAUUGGUUCCUAGCAAAAAAUUCUUACUACAGGUUUACAUGUUUGUACAAAAAUUAUUUUUUAUUAACCCAAAGCCACUGUGUCUUUCAUUGACACUUCUUUUAUUCUAGUAUCUUGGCCAAAACUGAGGAUGCAUCCUGUUUACUAUGAUUUCAGUUUUGUCUGUUAAAUUCUCCAUGACAUUCUUGCUCCAUGUUGCAUUCCAUUCUGCUGACUUUGCCCUUUCUGCUCUUCCCUGCUUGCUUCAUUUCUCUGCUGUGUGUGUAGAGUCAAUUUAUUGAUUAUGUGCAAACUGUAGAGGCACUUUCACACCAGCACUCGAACCUGAGUUAACUUUACAUAGCAGAAACUCACCUGCCCAGGGAAAAAAAACCCAAAGGGAUGACAUGAAAAUACCAUGGAGAUGGCGUGACACCUAGCUUCCCAGCACUGCUAUUGAAAACUUUACAUUUACUGACACUGUUUCAUAAUUUAACUUAUUAAUCAAAUAACAGUUAGCCUAUGUGUCUUCUGAAGCUUCCCCCCCCCCCCCCCCCCCCAGUAGGCUCUUAUUGAAAGGUAAAGUGAAUGACCCUGCUUUAUUUAAAGGUAGUGUGUAAUGAAACAUCUAACUGCACUAAUAUCAGUGCUGAAAAAUGGUGGCAUUUACAGCACAGGGUGGAGUCUUUGUGUGAAAGGGCCUCAUAGCUGCUGUACCUGUGAUUUGUCUUUGAGAGACAUUUGAGGUAACAUUUACUAUAAAGGAUGCUUACUAAAAUAAAAUGUCUGUAUGGUUUGUGAAUACUUUUGGUUUACAGACUUGAUUAUUUUGAUCAUUCAGUAAAUACAAGAAUCCAAACCGCAGUUUAAAAUUAAUGGUAUAGCUUAUGUAUUUUUCAUGUAUACCUUUAUAUCUUUUUAUUUUUAUCACAGCUAGUUGUUAAAUCUUGCAUAAUGAACUGCAAAGUUUUCAUUGGUCAUUUUGCUUGUGUGUGGGAGAGACAUAAAAGAUUUUGGUUAACAUUAAAGUCAAGAAAUAAAAAUAAACAAUAAAUCUCUUGUGA